GAGUUUGGGACCUGCAGAGAGAGAGAGAGCGGGAGCGCGCGAGGAGGACCGGGAGCGAGUGUAUCAGUUCGAGUGUACGCGAGCAACCUCGAGUCCUGCGAACUACAGCAGUGUGUGUGCGUGAGAGAGUUUGUGCGAGUGAGUGAUCGCGAACAUGCUGAACAACUUUCUCCAAAGUUUGUGAAAGUCCGCGAGCGCGCGCUUUAACCAACUUUCUCCAGCCUUCAGCCUCCGAGAAGCAGCUGCUGCAUCCGACACAUCUGAACGACCUCUGCCAUGGGUAGCAAGACUCUUCCUGCCCCUGUUCCUCUUCACCCGUCCCUCCAGCUGGCCAACUACUCCCUCCUCCAGACGUCCAGCGGCUUCCAACUGCCCACCGACCCCAUGCCGGGUGUAUACAGCUUCAGUGCCCUCCAUGCCGUCCACCUGCACCACUGGACCCUAGGCUACCCACCGUUCGCCCUGCCACGCUGCACCAUCUCCAAGCUACCCGGGCUGGUCGACGCCCGCUUUCCACUGCCGUCCAUCCCCCUGCUGCCGCAGCUCAUCCACCCGACCAAGCAGGACACGUCCCCGGGGUCGGUCAAAAACAAACCGCGCUUCGACUUCGCCAACCUGGCGGCGGCCGCCACCCAGGAGGACCCGCUGAAGGCCGAGGACCUGAGCAUGAACGGAGGUUCCAACGCGCACGCCCGCGGCCCGUCCCUGGGCUGCUUGCUGGACGCGGCGGCCAAGCUGUCGUCGCCUGAGAGGAAGCCCAGCCGCGGCCGGCUGCCGUCCAAAACCAAAAAGGAGUUUGUGUGCAAGUUCUGCGGCCGUCACUUCACCAAGUCCUACAACCUGCUGAUUCACGAGCGCACGCACACGGACGAGCGGCCGUACACCUGCGACAUCUGCCACAAGGCCUUCAGGAGGCAGGACCACCUCAGAGACCACCGAUACAUCCACUCCAAAGAGAAGCCCUUCAAAUGCCAGGAGUGUGGAAAAGGUUUCUGUCAGUCAAGAACGCUCGCAGUCCACAAAACGCUGCACAUGCAAGUCAAAGAGUUGAAGCCGGCCAAGAUAAAGUGAGGUCAGCCUCCUCAGCCAAUGGGGAGACUGGAGAGUCCAGUGACCUAAGGACAGCGGCCAAUAGCAAAGCCAGGCCAAAAGAGACUACUUCAACGUGACCCGAGAGCAUGGGCCUGGACUGAAAAGACCAAAAACAGAAAAGAAACGGAUUAAUCUCCACGCUCCUCGCCGAAGCUGGAAGAAAAUUCCAAAACCGAAGACAUUCCGAACCGAUGGACAGCCAGUCGGAUCUAAACGGGCCACAGCCUCCUGGAUUUACGGAUGUUCAGUUCGGUUCAAGAACUUUGGGUGCCGGCGGACUAGGAUUCAGGGUGGCAAAUUGUGAAUGGAUCAAAUCCAGACUCAAACGCUGUUGUAUAAAAUGUGAUUUCUGUCGACGCUCUUAGACCGACGACAGAUCAGUCAAGUUCUUCAGUUAUCGAUUGUUCGGGGACUGUUUUCGAUGUUGAAAACCAAUGAAAACCAGAUUCAGCCUUAAGAACCUGAAGAGGUUCUGCGAGUUCAGACAAUCACUAAAAAAAAAAGGCGAAGAAAAGCAAUAAGAUUGUCAGCUAGGUGACGCUCGAUCCAAAGACACAUUCCAAUCUUGUAUUUUUUUAUGUACAGAUUUCCUUUUUGUAUAACUGUUAUUUGGCACUUUAAUCAGUUUAUUGAUUAUUUACAUAUAUCACUGGAUUCCUUAAACUUAUUUUAAAAAUAAAUAGUCAUUUUCUUAACAAAA